UGAGCUGCUGUGGAAAUGGGGGAGGGGCUCGUUCAAAUACAACCACGUGACUCGUACUCCCUCGUUGAAGCAAAUCUGCGCUGCCUGAGAAAACUGCAAUUAACUGAGUCUAAAUCGAAGAGUCUGAGUGCAGUGACGAUGGAUGCCACUAACUUUUACACGCAGUUUGAUUCUGUGAUGGGGGAGAACAUCCUGAACUUGGUGAUGGGUGCUCCUAGUGAGAGCAUGCUUAAAAUGGCUGCCUCCAAGUUUCAGCAAGCCACAAUAGCCAGAAUGGAGGGGGAGCUCCCCCAGUGGUUGAUGCAUUACGGGGCUGAAUCAGGAGACGGCAAGUUUCUCACUGCAAUGGCUACCUUUCUCUCUGAAGAGUAUGGAGCACCCGUAGCCAGGGAGGACCUUGUUACUACUGCUGGAGCGUCCAUGGGUCUGGUGCUGCUCGCCAAUCUCCUCUUCACAAGCAGUGACCUUGUGUUUGUGGAGAACCCAACGUAUUUUGUGGCCACAAAAGUCAUUGGAUUGGACUCGGGCAUGACCAUGGUGCCAGUGGCCACUGACAGUGGUGGAAUAAACACUGAUGAGUUGGAGAAAGCCCUGGAGAGUAAGGUGGGACAGAGACAGAGGGAACUCACUGACAGACGGCCUUUUUGGGGUAUGCUCUACCUCGUCUCCACCAUACACAACCCCACGGGUGUUUCUCUCACUACAGAGCGCUGUAGACGUGUGGUGGAGCUGGCUCGCAAGUACAACCUGUUGGUGGUGUGUGACGACGUUUACAACCUGCUGUACUUUGGGGAUAAGCCUCCACACAGGCUCUUCCAGUUUGAUAAGAAGAGUGACCCAGACUACAAAGGCAAUGUAGUGUCGAACGGAACAUUCUCUAAGGUUUUUGGUCCGGGAUGUCGUAUCGGGUGGCUGGAGGCACCAAAGAGAGUAAAAGAGAUUGUCCUGAGCAGUGGGUACAUGAGCAGCAGUGGUGGGUGGAACCACACUAUGUCUGGGAUCAUGGGGAGCGUCAUCAAUAGCGGCAGCCUUAAGGAGAUGCUCCAGAUAGCAAGACCUCUGUACCAAGAGCAAUGCCAGAUGGCUUGUGAGGUGUUGCGAACCCAACUACCAGGAGCCUCGUUUGUGGAGCCCCAUGGUGGAUACUUCCUCUGGGUCCGACUGCCAGGCAAUAUCAGUGGAGAAGAGGUUGCAAAGCGACUGAAGGAGCAGUACAACACUCUAAUCCUCAAUGGAAGCAAGUGUUCAAUUACUGGUGAUUUCAAAGAUUGUCUGAGAGUGACCUAUUCCUUCAACAGUAAGGAUCGUGUGAGACAAGGAGUGGAGAAUCUGGUCAAGGUUGUCAAGGCGAUGCAAGCAGAAACUGCUUGAGACACUGUUGGACAGUCCUGAAUAAUUCUCUAUUAGGUACAUGUAUAUGUAGUAGAUUUACACUAGCUAAUGUUAAAGUCUCACAUGUAAAAUUGCUAGCAUUGGCCUGGGAAAGAGCCGUACGUCAUUCCGUCACAAUGUCAUUCACAGGUCUAUGUCUUUUAAUUAUGUCAAUUAAUGGUGUGUAUAGUUACAUGCAAUGUAGUGUCUUUUGUAUAUAUUUCACAUUUGCACAGG